AUGAGGGGCUCUAAAGUGCAGGAGUGGACUCCUACCAGCAAUAUUCAUCUGGUGGAAUGGAAGAAAACAGUUCAGACCAGGAAAGCAACAGGGAAAUGGGUAGAGAGACCCAAGAUUCGAAAAAUUCAAUCAGUUCUGGCCACCCCUACCAAGUCAUCAUCGAAGCAGUGGCCAUCCGAGGAUAUGCUAUUUCUCGGUGGAGAUGAUUGGGUCAGCAACCUCAACCAGCAGGAUUUCAUACCCCUGCCGCUACCAACAUCCAUGAGUCAGAAUGACUAUCUUCAAUAUCUCAGCAUACUCCUUGAGCGAGAAGCUCCUGCUGACCAGUCUUGCAUCAUUUGCAGGUCCAAUGGUGUCUACAAAUGUCACAACUGCUUCAGUGAGCCUCUAUUUUGCACAAAUUGUUGCAGGAUGGAGCACCAGAGGCUGCCCUUCCAUCGGAUCAGUCAAUGGACCGGUAGUUUCUUCGAGGACUGUUGCCUGGUGAAGACUGGUCUAGUGAUUUCACUCGGGCACAGCGGAAAUCCUUGCCCAUGCCAAGACUAUGGGCAUGCAACAACACCAACCGCCAAUGCGUCAAAGAACAAUCAUGAUCUGCCUACUGGAGUGCCAUUCAUAAAGAAUGACAAGACCAUGACGACAAUAGUGGACAAGUCUGGAGUACACACUCACAUCAUCAAGUAUUGCAUGUGUGCCGAUGCUCCAAGCGCCGACCUACAGCUGUUUCAAUUGGGCUUGUUUCCUGCAUCCUUUACCCAACCAAAGACCGCUUUCACUUUUGAUGUAUUGGACGACUUCUUACUGGAUAAUUUGGAGUGUGGCAUGUCAGUGAUGAAUUAUUACAGUAAGUUGAGGAGGAUGACAACCAAUGUUUUUCCACAUUUGGUGCCGGACCGCUACUGGGAGCUCAUGAGGGUGGCCAGGCAGUGGCGGCAACUGAAGCUGUUGAAAUGGAACGGCUUUGGCCACAAGGAAAAAGACGUUGAACCCAGCGAUCUCGCUCUCUUCUGCCCAGCAUGUCCCCAGCCGGGAAUUAAUGUGACAUUGCCGACUGAAGAAGGUGCGGCGGAGAUCAACAGAGAAUCAGAUCUGGAGAUGCUGAGUUGGCUCUAUUCAAGAUCACUGGUCAUGGAUGGCAACUUCAAAGCAGAGCAUAUGCAUGCGGCGAAUCCCAUUGAUGAAGUCCCCCUCAUGGAUGGACACGGUUUCAUGGUUGGUGAUGGCAAAUACAAGGCGCAUCUGGCACUGGCAAAGGAUGCCAUUCAACGGUCCAAGUGCAACAAUCACCGCGCAGUGAAUCAAGCUAAUGCAUCCCGUCACAGACUGGAGGCAACCGGCAUCGGUGGAUGUGCCUGUGCAAGGCAUGGCUGCUUCGUCCCGCAUGCAAUGGUGGAUUUUCAGAAGGGAGAAAGGCAGAUAAACAUGGACUAUGCUUUGUGCGAGGCAUUGAAACACAAUGCCGGCGGCAUCCGGUGCACACUGACAUUUUAUGAUGUUAAUUGCCAGUAUAAUAAGUAUCUAAAGGAUCGGGUAGCUGACAGCCCCUAUUUGCGAAUUCAAGAGCAGAUGGAGAUAAUCCCGGGGAUAGGUCUAUGGCAUGUUCAUGGCCACCAAGACAGCUGCUAUGUUCGCUAUGCUUCUAACUUUAUUGCCAGCACCGCCAGAAUUGACAGCGAGAUCAUGGAGACCCUUUGGGCGCCGUUGAACAUAAUCUCUCCUUCGGCAUGGGGGAUGGGGACCCCUCACCGCAAGGAGUGCCUGGAUUACCAAAUGAAUGAUUGCAAUUUCAUGAAAAUGAUCAGGAUGAGCAAGGCCCUUUGCCAAAAAUUCAGGCAAGCUGUGAAAGGGCUCGCCGACAGUAGGGAAGCCUUUGAAAAGCUGGAUCAGAGUGCCGACGAAAACAAUGUCAGGGACUGGGGGGAACAGGAGAGGCUGGAACAGGAACGGCGUAGCACUGAUCCAAAGGCAAUGGACAUUUAUGAAGUCCAACUGCAGAAAGCUCCGACCAGGAAAGAACAGGAAUUGAGGUUGCUGGAGGAAAAUGGCCAGCAACCUGCUCCUGCCCGCCGGAGGGGAGUGGCGACAUGGCUGGCAGAAGGGCUUUCCAUUGAGGAGGCACAGGUGACUCUCCACAUGGACAUUAGGAGGCUAGGGCAGCAUCUGACAGAGAACCAACAACUGGAGAUUGGGCAGCAUCAUGAGAGACUGCAAGGAGACAUUGACCAUUGGUUGGCGACGGACUCAGAUGAUGAAACAGCUGAUGAAUUCAGACUGUUUGAGCCAGAAAAGGUUGUAAUACCAUUGCCGUCCAAUUUGGGCCAGGGGAGAUGCGCCGAGCUCGGCACUGCAGAUAUGAUCCAUCAAGAACAUGUCCUCCGCGAAGGACAGGCCAAUGACGCCUUGCACAACAUCAGAGUGCACUUGGCAGACAAGGUGGUCAUCUUCCGAAAGACAGUCAGAACGGCAAAGUCGCAAGCAAAGUCCACCAGAGCUUGGGCCCAGAUCCAUGCAGUGGACCGGGCGGUAAGCAUCAAUGCAAGCAUCUAUUCCAAGUGCUGGUCUCAACUCGGCAAACUCGGCGCCGCCAACAUUUUGCUGAACAGAUACCGGCCAUUGCUUAAAGAACAUCUCCAGGUCAGCACCGCCGUUGCUGAUCCCAAUGCCAGAGGCCAGAGAAACUCCAUGUUGGCUUGGUUCUGGUCUAUGGAUGUGGAGGGAGACUCUGAUAGCAGCGAUUGGUUGAAUGAAUUUUACCGGGUGCAUUGGCUCCGUGCCAAGGCUCUAAGAGACAGGUGGGAGGAGGAAAUGCUACUUGUGCAGCAUGAAAUGAAUUGGACAUGCAACUUCUUCUUGCACAAAGCCGAGCAAUGGAUCCUUCUGGCUACCAUCUCAAAAGCCACCAACAAGGUGGGACACCUUGCCUAUGCGGCACGGUAG